UCUGAACAUAUUUAAUUGCAAGUUUUAAAUUAUAAAAUUCAGUAAAAUGGCAAAUAAUUCAUUUAAAGAUGAAAUUGAUCCUUUAUUGAGAAACGAAGAAAACAACAUUAAACGUAAACAAGACGUAAAUAAACAAAUACUGAACGAAAAUGUUAAAAUGGAAGAAAGUGGUUUAGUGACACAAGUUUUAAUUAAAGAAGAAAUAGAUCUGGAAAAUGGUAUAAAUCAAGAAAAUGUGAAUUUGACGCAAGUGUGGAUCAAGGAGGAAAAAUUAGAAGAAAGUGACUCAAUGGAACAUGAGCAUGAUCAAAAAAAUAAAAAAUUUGCAUGUGAUUUUUGUAAUAAAACCUUCAAUCGACGAAGCCAUUUUAUUGUACACAAACGAAUUCACACGGGAGAAAAACCAUUUUUAUGUGAAAUUUGUGGUAAAUCGUUUUCACAGUCGCAACCUUUAAUUGCCCACAAUCUAAUUCACACGGGUGAAGAACCAUUCUCUUGUGAAAUUUGUGAUAAAAAAUUCCGUCAUCAAAAUAAUUUAAUCGUUCACAAACGAACUCACACGGGAGAAAAACCAUUUUCAUGUGAUGUUUGUGAUAAAAAUUUUACUCAGCAAAGUGUUUUAAAUACACAUAAAAGGAUUCAUACAGGUGAAAAACCAUUUUCCUGUGAAAUUUGUGAUAAAAAAUUUACCCGCCAAAAUACUUUAAAACAACACAAACGAAUUCACUCGGGGGAAACCCCUUAUUUAAGUGAUAUGUGUGAAAAAACAUUUUCAUGUUAG